AUGUCAAGCGUUGCGGGUGGUUUGGUUGGGAUAUUGGUGAGUGACUUUUCAAAGGAAGCAAGCUAUUUAUGUAGAUUCAAGACUUACGUUGAAGACUUUGAGGAAAAAAAGAGCUCAUUAGAUGCUAAAAGAAUAAUUGUGCUGCAAGCAGUUGAAGAGGCCAAAAUGAGAAAUGAGACCCAAGUUUCCGCUGAAGUUCUGAAAUGGCUGCGACAAACUGAUUAUUAUAUCUCUCAAGAGGAUCCUAUACCAAUGAAGACAUGUCUUUUUGGUUGGUGUCCUAAUUUCUGCUGGAAUUACCGACAAGGGAAGAAGGUAGCAAAGUGGACGAGAGAGAUUACAGACCUAAUAAAGAAAGGUGAUUUCAGUAGAGUGGCACAUGGAAAUGAACUUCCAGGCAUAGAAUUCUAUUCACAAAACUUUAUUGAUUUCGAGAGCAGAGAAUCAGAAUUCCAGAAACUUGUGAACGCACUAGAAGACGUAAAUUUCUCCAUGAUUGGAUUAUAUGGGAUGGGCGGAACUGGUAAAACCACUCUAGCAAAACAGGUGGGCAUACUAGUUAAAAAUUCCGGAGCAUUUGGAAGAGUCAUCUUUGUUGUUGUGCCUAGUCCUCCAGAUAUAAAAAAGAUUCAACUCAACAUUGCAAGUCAGUUGCCUUUGUAUUUGGAAGAGGGAAAGGAAGAAGUGUACUCGAGGAUUUUGUGGACAAGAAUCGCUAGCUAUGAUAAAAGGGUACUUAUAAUACUAGAUGGCAUGUGGGAAGAGCUAGAUCUAACGGAUAUAGGGAUUCCCCAUGGCUCCAAUCACAUGAAUUGUUGUGUUUUGAUAACCACACGUAAUUCAAGAGUUUGUGAUGUAAUGGGAUCCCAACGGACAAUUGGACUGCAGACAUUAACAACUGACCAGGAUGCAUUGAAUCUUUUCGUUGAACAUGUUGGUAUAACAAAAGGUGAUCUAAUGUUCAAUGAAUACAUGAAUCGUGCACGAGAAAUCGUACGCGAGUGUGGAGGACUACCAAUUGCAAUUGUGACAAUAGCGACCACAUUUAAAAGUUGGCCUCUGAGAGAGUGGAAGAUUGCUCUGGAAGCCUUGCAGCGUUGUGAGCCAUUGCAUAAUGUUCAUGAGGGCAUGACGCAAGUUUAUGAUGCUUUGAGAUCAAGCUAUGAUAGACUUGAGGGAAGUGCCAAACAUGUGUUCCUAUUAUGCUCUCUCUUUCCUCAAGGUUAUGAAAUUCCUCUACACCUUUUAUGCAAACUUAGUGUAGGACUGGGCCUUUUUGAGGAAGUUCACAACUGUUUGGCAGCAAGAAGCAAGGCAAUUAGAGUAAAAGAUAUCCUCAAAUCAUCUUCAUUAUUGUUUGAGCCUAAAGAAGCAUGUGUAAUGAUGCAUCGCAUGGUUCGUGAAAUGGCCUUAUGGGUAUCAAACAAGGAUGUGCAGGUGAUUAUGGAUUCAAGGACAAGUGCAAAAUCACACAUACGAUUUUUGUUUUGGAGUAGAGAUGACCUUCCCAGUCAAUUCGAUGGCACUAAGCUUGAGAUUCUAGUACUUUGGAUAAAAGGAAAAGUGAAGACAGAAGAUUCAUACUCAAUCUUUGAAGAGAUGGCAAGACUCAGAGUUUUAGUUUUACACUGUGCUAGUGAUCAUAAAUAUGUCACUGUAUCAUUGAAGCUGCUUCAUUCGUUGAAGAACAUCCGAACGCUUAUCUUGGAUGCUUGGAGAUUAGGUGACAUCUCUGUUUUGAAAGUCCUACGUGGUCUUGAGAUUAUUGAGUUGACCAAUUGCUUAAUCGAUGAGUUACCAGAUGAAAUAACGGAGCUGAAAAAUCUGAGAUCAUUAGGAUUAAGGAAGUGUAAAAUUGAAAGGAAUAAUCCUUUUGAAGUGAUUGAAAGGUGCAUUCAAUUAGAAGAGCUGGAUUUCGUUUUGAAUUGCAAUUCUGAAGAUUGGAAGGAAGAUGGUGAGAUAGAAAAUAUAGAUGAAGUUGUUCCAGAUGUCUCUCCUCCUACAUUGAAAAGGUACUCUAUAGCUUGCCCUCAUCUUAAAUAUUUUUAUCAUGAUGAUAAUGGCAUGCUAAAUUGCUUUAAUACCGAGAAUCUAAAAAGCUUAAUCUCAAAUGCCAUGUUUAAGAACAUUGUGAGAACAGCAGAGGUUCUUGAGCUGGGAGAAGUAAGAGGUGUGGGAUGGAAGAAUCUUGUACCUGACAUCAUUCCUUUGGAAAAUGGAGGCAUGAAUGAUUUAACUAAGCUUUGUUUGUAUUCUUUAGUUGAUAUGGAGUGCCUCGUUGACACUAGCAAUUAUGAUCUUGAUUCUAAGGUGGAAGUCUUCUCCCACUUGGUUCAGCUGUUUCUAGAUGGUGUGGAUGUGAGAGAAUUAUAUCGGGGUCCUAUGAUCUCUGGAUUUCUCGAGCGGCUGGAGAUUUUAAAGCUGCGAAACUGCAAGAAUCUGCGCAAUAUAUUCUCCGAUAGAAAUCUCAAACUACCUCAACUGAAGGUCUUGCAUUUGAUAAAUUGUUCCGCGUUCCAAUCAUCAAUCUUCCAAUCAUCUGUUGCUCAGAGUUUAGAGCAGUUGCAAGAACUAAUAAUCAGUGAUUUUGAGGAGCUGGAAAGAAUAAUUACUUAUGAGAGCUUGGGAGAGGGAAUAGUGGAAAAUUGA